AUGACCUUGGUCAACACAGACUUACCUGGACUCCAUCUGAUCUCAAGAGGGAAAGUUCGGGAUAUUUACUCGACGUCUUCUCCCGAACAUCUUCUCUUUGUUGCGACAGACCGAAUCUCCGCCUACGAUGUCAUCUUGAAAAAUGGAAUUCCGGACAAAGGCAAACUGCUCACCCAGAUAUCGUUGUUCUGGUUCAAAAAGCUGGAACAUAUUAUUCCGAAUCACUUCGUCACGGCGAACAUCGAUGAGAUGCCCGGAGAGGUGAAACAGCUCAAGGAUCAAUUAGAGGCCCGUACGAUGCUUGUGAGAAAAGCAAAGGUGGUUCAGAUUGAAGCGAUUGUGCGAGGAUACCUGACUGGUUCUGCUUGGUCGGAAUACAAAAAGUCUGGCACCGUACAUGGAAUAUCGCUCCCAGGAGGUCUCAAAGAAUCACAAAAGUUGCCAGAGCCCAUGUUUACUCCUUCAACGAAGGCAGAACAAGGAGCCCAUGACGAGAACAUAUCUCCCGAACAAGCUGCAAAACUGCUUGGCGAAGAACUUUACACUCAAAUAUCUCAAGCCUCUCUCAAACUCUAUUCGGAGGCAGCAGCAUACGCGCACUCUAAGGGACUCAUUCUUGCAGAUACGAAAUUUGAAUUUGGUCUCGUGUCGCCCCCAUCUUCUGGCUCUGAGACACUUAUCCUUGUCGAUGAAGUGCUGACCCCUGAUUCCUCGCGCUACUGGCCGUUAGAGGGUUAUGAACCAGGCAAAGCUCAGCCUAGCUUCGACAAGCAAUAUCUGAGGGAUUGGUUGGUCUCGGUCGGUUUCCGGAAAGGCCUAGAGAGUGGAAGGGCAGGAGAAGAAGGCCAGGGCUGGUUAAUCGAUGAAGAUGUUGUCAGAGAAACCAGAAAGCGGUAUGAAGAGGCUUUGAAUCGGCUGAUGAGCUAA